AUGAUUAAACGAUUCUUACACCCUCGGUCACUUAGACGCUAUGCUUUCUUAAUCAUCUUUGUCCUAAUCGUCUAUUCUAUUACCACCGCCAGUUCAAGAUCACAGUUCAAACUAGAAACAGGACUUGGUCCCAAUGUGUCCGGCAGAAGACGUGCUAAUGCCCUAUCAGCAUUUAGCUGGAUUGACAAUCGUCGUAAACAUACUUUAGAACUUGUCAAUGGAUCCAAGAAUUCUCGUAGUCCAUUUGAUCUACUACCGUGGGGAAAGGAAGAUAAUAAAGUAUCAGAGGCAGAACAAAAUCUUUUAGUGAAAUUGGAAGAUGCUCCACUGGAUAUGAAAUGUAGAUAUAUGAUUGAUGCAAUUUAUGUGGCUCACAAGGGUUGGAACAAUCAACAGAUGACGAAAUAUCACAGUAGUGAAGAAGCUAAUGACAUGUUAGCAUCAUUACUCGGUGAGCGUGUAAGAUUGUUCGAUCACUGUUUUAUUUCUGGUGGACUCAAAGUAAAAGAUGUUAUGAACAUGGAUAGUUUGGUAUCUGAGGAUAAACUGGGUUCCCCAGAGGAUUUCAUCGAAAGGAUGUUCCCCUUCUUACAACAAGGUAAUCUAGUAUGGCCCAAGAUGUACGAUUUGCGUAGAGGGAAAGAAUUGAAAAUGCCAGCUGUGGCACAAGAUACUUAUGCAAAUUUUUGGAAUAAUUGGAUCAAAUUAUCUAAGGGUAAAGGUAUUGCUGCCACUUUUAACCCAACGGAAUUAACACUAUUUCACAGACAGUUGAGGGUGCUAAGCAAAUUGAAUAACACUUUGCCGAUUCAAGUGGUUACAUCUGGAUUCGAAUUUACGAGAGCCCAAGUCGACCAAUUGUCUCAAUAUGCUAGAGAUACAGACCAAGAGGUUACACUGAUAGAUUGUAGCACCAUUUUGAUAAAAGAAUUCACCCAAAAUAACGUUGAGAAAUUUGUCAACAAAUGGCUGGCGGCAUUAUUUAAUACUUUUGAAGAAGUGCUUUUACUCGAUGUUGACACAGUCCCCUUUGUUGAUGUGGAGGAAUUCUUCAAGGAACCUCAGUAUCGAGCUACAGGUAUGGCUCUUUUCAAAGAUAGAGCGAUGAUGGAUGAACAUACAUAUGGGUACUGCCUCGAAACUUUAGCUGGAUUAGAACCCUCUCAUGAGGAGAAUAAAUUGAUGGGGACUAAACUCUUGUUUGAAUCCACACAGAAAGAACUACCACAAACCGAAGCCGCUUCAGUUUACCGCAGAUUUUUCCACGAUGGUGUGCUUCAUCAUGUGGAUAGUGGAUUGGUACCAGUUAACAAGGUUAAAAAUUUUGGCGGAUUACUAUUUUCCUUCAUGAUAAAUUUAGAUACUAAAAUCCAAGGUUGUGUUCAUGGCGAUAAGGAAUUCUUUUGGUUAGGUCAAUUAUAUGCAGGUAAAAAUUACGCUAUCUACCCUCAGGACGCAGGCGUCAUUGGUCUUAUUGAAGAUAAGCCGAUGGAGGCGUUGACCCAAACUUCAUACACGAUUUGUGGAUCUCAAUUGGCACAUACGUUUUAUUCACUAACCAAGGAAGCUCAUCAAUUGGUAUGGACAAACGGUGGAUUAAGUACCUGCAAGGUACCUCACGGCGCUGAAAUGGAUUUCCAAAGAUUACCAGAUUAUUUUAUGGCAAGAUACGGAGAUGUUGAAACUACAAAGCAAGUGUAUGCUGCACCUCUUCACAUUCAAGCUAUGAUCAUUCCCGACAGUGAGAAGUCGACAUGGUUGCAAUUGAGAGAAUGUGGUGAUAGUGCAUUCUGUGCGUCUGCUGUUGAAGAUACAGCGGAUGGCAGAAACAGUGUUAGUACCUUAAUCCAAUUUACACCAGAGGAGCAAGACUUCUUAGAUUCAAUCUCAUUCGCUUGGAAUGGCCGUACUUUCACCGAUGGUUGA